GUAUAUAAACAUGAUUUUCAAAACAUACUUAGGAAUCAUUUAAUCAUGAACCAGCUAAUACUAAUAUUGGGGGUUGUGCUAAGUGCAGGCAGUUUGGUGCACUGCUUUAAUAUUUUUAAAUCCUACCAAAUUCAGAAUUUGACCCUUUUGGAAGAUAUACUAGAGUUGGAAGCAUCAAGUUCAGAUUCCGAUGGAGCCUUUCUCUCUAGGAAGCGUCGUGAUCAAAUAGCCGUUUCUGAUGGUACAAAAAAGAACACGAAAUCCUGGCCGUACCCUUGUUGCCAAGCUGGUAUAGAUCCAAAGUAUACUAUAAAUUGGGAAUACGUUCGCCCAUGUUAUGCAAUCCCGAGGCAUUAUGUUACACUCCACCAUAUAAGAUCCACUGACCGAAAUUCCAAGGACUUUAAGGACGGCAUAGCGAUGAUGAAGAAUGAUGUCAUGUGCCAAAUCCAAUGCGUCGCACAGAAAUAUAAUAUGGCCGAUAAAAACGGAAUUGUAAUACUGGAUGGGCUAAACAAAUUUAUGUCGACAUCUUUAGAAGGUACAUGGAUGGCAACGGUCGCGAAACAAGUUGCGACGAAGUGUUUCAAUCAAAUUCAAACAGAGUCCAACAACUAUCUGAAGACCAAAACACCAACGACCUGCAAUCCCGCAUUGGCCACAUUGAUUCACUGCUUGCACAGAGAAAUUGAGAUCAAUUGUCCUUCGAAAUAUGUGGGAAAUAUCGAGGAAUGUUUGCGCCAGAUAGAUUCAGAUUACAAACAUUUUUAGUAGGUUUGGUUCGUAUGAAGAUAUUGUUUAAUUUGGUAGGACAAAAAUUUCUAAAAUCGCUAACUUACUAAAACAAUAUAAGUUUAAUACGCAGAGAAAACUCA